AUGGCGCGAAACAAGAAUGAUGAUUCAGAAGGUGAUAUUGAACAGCAACCACUGUUACAACAGAACGAUUAUAAUGAUGAUAUUGUUGUAGAGGAACCACAGAAGGAAAGCGCAUGGAGGACACAGUUUAAUGCAUUGAAGGCAUCGUUGGGCACAAAGGAGGGUAUCCUCAUCAUGGUCUAUGCUCUAUGUUAUAUCUUCUCUGGUGUGAUCAACUCUGUUCUACUCAAGUUGACAAUGAACUCAUUCAACAACUAUGGUUUCUUUUUGAAUCAAUUGACAAACUAUGGAUUCAUUCCAAUCUUUGGUUCAGCAGCAGCUUACAAGUUAUUUUUCACAAACGAUAUCCCUAAAGAGACUCGUGACUUCCCAAUUUAUAAAUUCUUGAUCAUGGGAGCACUUGAUGCAGUAACAGGUUACUUUGUAGUUAUUGGAGGUAUUGGUACAUCAGGUCCAAUGCAACAACUACUGAAUCAGGCAAUUAUCCCAUUCACAAUGUUGACUUCAUUGAUAUUCCUCAAGCAAAGAUAUACUUUGGUACAGGUACUAGGCGCAUUGGUCAUUAUUGCCGGUGUGUUCAUCUCACUGGUGCCAGCGCUCAUUGGCAAGUCUGAUGCCAACAACAAGCUCUUCUGGAACUUCUUCUUCCUGUUGUCCAUGAUUCCAUUCGCCGCGUCCAACGUCUACAAGGACAUUGGUUUCCAAUCGGUCGAGGACAUGGAUGUGUGGUACCUGCAGUUCUGGGACUGUUUCUUCCAGGGCAUCGUCGGCACAUUCCUUUUCCCAAUCAAUGACAUCCUGCCACCACCCGCCACCGUCAAGUUUGACCAGGUCAUCCCGUCGCUCAAGGACGGCGCUCUGUGUCUUGCCGGACAAAACUCAAUCACCAACGCCACCAACCCAUUCUGUUACGAGCCCUCGGCCACCAUCCCCUGUGACAACUGCCACAACGCCUACAUUAUCGUCAUCUGCUACCUGACCAUCAACAUCGUCUACAACGUGUUCAUUCUGCUGGUGCUCAAGCACGCCGGUGCCACCGUCUACUCGAUUGCCAACACAGUCAGACUGCCCCUGACCAACAUUGUGUACUCGAUGAAGUUCUUGGUGCCCGCCUCCAUCUACCAGCCCUUCUCCCUAUACUCUCUGGGUGGUCUACUAGUCAUCCUUACGGGCCUGAUCACCUAUCGUGUUGGUUCCAUGAUCAAGAGUAAGAACUCUGCUGCAGCCGGCGAAGUGGAGCAGCCGCCCAAGUUCAUUCCUGGUAUCGGACCAGCCGGAGUGGAUGUUCUGCCCGCUGGACCACUGCAGAAACCAUUGAUAGAGCCCAAGACACCGGCCUAUCUUCGUAACCAAUUCUUUGGUAAACUAGGUAUCCCCAUUCCCGAGAGUAGAUAUAGCGCUGCCAACAACAAUAGUUCAAUCAAUGACGUCGAGGAGUAA